CUAUCGAUAAUUCCCCAAAUUCUCAAUCAAAUAACGAUCCCAAUCUUUUGGUUGAAAGUGGUGGAGAACAAUCUACUAAGAAUAAUUAUUCUGAAAAUCAUGAAUCAACAGUCAGUUUCAAUAAGCUAUUUGACCCAAAUAUUUUUGGGAAUUGGAUAAGUGGGACAGGAAGUAACGAUCAUUUGAAUUCAAAUAUACCUAAACCUGUAGUAGAUAAUAAUAGUUUAAAGAAAGGUCUUGAUUCAAUAAGAUUAUCAAAACAAUCGGACUUUUCAAUAAUUUUAGAACAAGAUGAAGAAUUGGACAAAUCUUUUGAGAAUGUAUUGGAUGAGAUGAAUAUUCAUGGGUUACCACGUAAUAAAAUGUUGCAAAUGUCAGAAGAUCAUAAGAAGAUAUUGAUAUUUCAAUUUAAACAUAAUAAAGCUCUUGACAAAUCAGAGCAAAAGGACAAUAUGGAUAAACCAAUACGGAAACAAAAAGGAAUAGAACCUAUGAAACAGGUUCUAAAAAAUCACAAUGAUAAUAGUGAUGAAGCAAGAUCACCGCGAAAGAUUAUGCGCGAUUCAUUUACAAGUACAAUUGGGAGUGAUGUGGAUUCGAAUAAAAGUCCGUCAUUAAAUAAACCUUUAAUGACAUCCUUGCUUAAUUCAGAUCGGGAUUCUUUAGAGCAAUCUUCAACUGAUGUGCAAGAAGAAAUACCUCAAUCCCCAUUAAUAAGUUCGGGGGGAUUUUUUAGUUCAUGGUUUGGAUUAUCAUCAUCUACCAAAGUUCAAAAAACUCCAAACUAUUAUGUAGAUAAAUUGUCGCAAAAGAAUGUUUCACCAAAAUCAUUAGCAGAAAGAUUACAAUCAUUGCGUUUAACGUUAACUACGGCAAAAUUAUCGUGGAUAAAGAGUUUUAUUGAUGACAAUGGAUUGGCAGCAUUGGAAUGUGUUCUUGAAAGAUAUACGGCAGGAACAAGGAGAAUUAUUCUAAGAAAUUCCGAUCAUGAUGAUAGAAUUUAUUCAGAAUUAUUUUGUCUUCAUACACAAGAUAAUAAACUGAGAUCACAAGUAGCGGACGUCUUAGCUGCUAUAUGUGUAAUAUCUCUAAAAGGUCAUGAAUUAGUAUUAUCAGCAUUUUCAGAUUUUAGACAAAUUUAUGAAGAAAAAUUUAGAUUUCAAUAUUUAAUUGAAACUUUAAGAGGAAAAAAAGAAGAUAACAGCACUUUAAUGGAACAUAAGACCGCUUAUUUAAGAUUAAUUAAUGCCAUCGUUAAUUCACCUGAGGAAGUUGAAGAAAGAAUGUUAUUGAGGGAUGAAUUUUAUAGGAGAGGGUUGUCAGAAGUAUUUGCCAUUUUUAAAACUUCUAAUCCACCUGAAUCAUUAUUAACGCAAAUUCAUUUGUAUGAAGAAGAGAAUCAAGAUGAUUUAGAAGAAUUAUAUGAAAAAGUUCAUGAUAUUGUAAGAGAUGCAGAUGAUCCAUUCUCUGUAGUUAUUGAACUUGUAAAACAAGUUGAAUAUGAUUAUGGUUUGUAUUCAAGAAUUAUUGAAACUCUAAAAAAUUUCUUAAGAAUUGCUUGUAAGGAUUUAGAAGACGAUGAUCAGAAUGAUAUUUUGAAUAUUAUGGAAUUAUUUAUUGAAAGAAUAAGUUCAAUAACAAAUAUUAAAGAAGAAUGGCCGAUCUUUAUGAAUGAAUUUUUCUAUUCAAUUGGUGAUAUAGUAGGACAAUAUUCUGUUGAAACUUUAACAAAAGAAAAAGAUGACAUAUUAGAACAAAUAGAAUUGAAUAAAACUUCAAAUAUAUCUGUCUCGAAUAUAUCAAAUAAUUUAACAUCAAAUGCAAAAUCUAAUAAUGACGAACACGAACAUCUU